AUGGCUGAUCCUCCGGAACCAAAGCUGACAACAACGCCUCGUCCAGAUCACCCAACUAAGCAUCGUACGACAGGUCAUCCACAUUCUGAUCAUCCAGAUCACCCUCGUCGUCAUCACCGUCAUCACCGCGACCAUCAUGGGGAAAAAACUCCAGUAGUUAUUUUAGCCAAUGGAGAAAAAAUACCAGCUAUCGGAUUGGGUACUUUUAGAUUGAGACAACCAACUGAAACAGUAGAAUUAGCUAUUGAUAUAGGAUACAGGUUAAUAGACUGCGGUUUUAUACACCAAAAUGAAUCGGAAGUUGGUGCAGCGAUUAACAAAAAAAUUAGAGAGGGAGUUGUUGAAAGGGAUGAUUUGUUUAUCAUCGGAAAGCUUUGGAACACUCAUCAUAAACCUGAAGAAGUUAUUCCUGCGAUAGAAAGAUCGUUGAGUGAUUUAUGUUUACAUUAUUUCGACGCUUACCUAAUGCAAUGGCCAUUCGCAUCAAAAAAAGCUAAAGACGAGUACGAAUAUUGUAAAUUAGACGAAGAGCAUACACCGAUUGAGGAUACUUGGUGUGCAAUGGAAGAAUUAGUAAGUUUAGGAUACACCAGAAUGCUCGGCUUAUCCAAUUUCAAUAGUGAUCAAAUUACUCAGGUGUUGAAAAUCUCAUCCGUAUGUCCGGUGAUAAACGAAAUUGAAGUGAAUCCAUAUUUUCAAAAUCGAAUGCUUUCUUUAUUCUGCAAAUCGAGGAAUAUUCAAGUAAUAGCUUACGCUCCUCUUGGAUCGUCAGAUGCUCCUUGGAUAGAUACAGAUAUUCAUCCUCCAAUAAUAGACCGACCAGUAAUUCUAGAAACUGCUGAAAAGUAUAAUAAAGAUCCUGGACAAAUCGUACUUCGUUAUUUACAUCAAUUAUGUGUGAUUCCAAUUCCGAGAUCAACCGACUGCGAUCGUUUACACUACAAUUUUAAUAUUUUUGAUUUUGGAAUCGAUUGUAUCGAUCAUACUGAAAUUAAUACUCUGGAAACUGGAAUAAGAACGAGUCCAUAUAAAUGGGCAAGACAUUUUAAAGAGUAUCCAUUUCAUUCACCUUACUGAUUUUCGCAUUAUGGUUCAAUGUUUACCUGAUUAUUUCAACGAUCUGAAGUUUAUUUUCAGGAGAAUGAUGCAAAAUUUUCUCGAAUCGAGAAGCAAAAUAAGUACUGCCUAUGUAUA